AUGAGACUUCCAAGGAUAGAGAUCUUGCUUCUCUUUGUUGGGCUUGUUGCCUGCAAAAACGAUGAAGGCGACGCAGCUAAUGCUUUUAUGGAAGCGGCUGAGGCGCUUUUCAAUGACAAAGAAGCUAUGACUGGUCUUCAUAAUAUGGCUAGUGCUUUUAUGGAGUCGGAUGCCGGGAAGCAGAUCGGUGGUAUGUUGAGUGGUGGUAAGGGCAAUUCUGAUGGAGUUAGUCAGAUUCUGUCAGGGAUUGGCAAUUUGAUCUCAGCAUCCACUAAUAGCCAAGGUGGCGAGCAAAAAUCGAAAAGGGAAGCUAGAAGCGAUGAUGGGGGUGGUUUUGAUUUGGAGAGUAUGCUCAAUAUGGCUAAUAUGUUCUUAGGGCAAAAUGCCAAUAGUGAAGGCCUUAUGGGUCUGUUACCUAUGGUGUUAGAAAAUAUUGGAAGUUCAGGAUCGAGUAAUGAUGUUGGAAGUAAGAAACAGGAUCAUUCGAACCACUCUUGGUUUCUUCCACCCUUCUUGGAGAACCUGCACGUCAUGUGGGAACACUUUAGCAACUCUGAGCUUGGGCAGACUCUGUGGAAGAACAGUGGUCUAGCCAAUAUCGUGGGUUUGAUGACGGAUAAAGAGGGCAAUAUUCAGUAUGCAAAAAUUUUAAAUAGCUUUGAGAAUCCUGCUCUCAGACGUAGAUGGGUCAAGUCAUUGACUAAUUUCAUAUCUGAAUGGAUCUCACAUGUAUCCGAUCCUGCUACUCAGCAACGUUAUUUAGCUACAGGACAAUUUAUGGUCAACAGUUUCCUGAAGUCGCAAGGGUUCCCGAAAUCUGUUAUGUUUGACCCUUCUAAGCCGGCUGAUAGUCUCUCUAGAUUGGCGAACGCGGUGGCUAAGAGACAUCUCAAUAUGAAAAUUGACAGUUCCAAAUAUAUAAAACCAGCUAUCGCGUAUCUCCAAGAGCUCAUGAAUCUGGCUUCGAAGAAGGGAUUCAUCAUGUCUCGUGUGAAUGCUAUGGAACUUAGUAACAAACUUAGUGAAUUAAUAAAUAAUGCUAUUUUAGCACCAAUACUGAAGGUAUACCGUGCCUACAAAUGGUCCACGAAGCAUCCCCAAUGUGCAAAACACAUACUAUGCGUUAUCAAUGAGAAGAGUGUAGAGACUGACAAAUCUGCAGAACUGCGAAAAGCCAUAACAAAACUUGCAAGUUUCGCAGCUGCUUGGGGGAUUAGUCGAAACGUAGAUAUAAGCUUUUGGUCUUUGUACGGAGCCAUUGCGGAACAGCAAGGAUGUUUCGAAAAGUAUCCAGGCGACUGUACAGCUUUUCACGAAGAGGAAAUACGAGUGACAACUGAAAGUAUUCACAGUGAACUUUAAUCCGAUUCUCUUUGAAAAUCGUGAAAAAGACUUAAUGGCUUUUUACAUUAAUAAUAUAUCAAGACGGAUCUCAGUAGAUCCACGAUGCAUCCCAACGGAUGCUGUAUCAAACUCAUCCCGUCCGAUUUAAUGUGUGUCAGAGAGAAUGGAUCGUUUUUUGUGAAUGUACUUGAAUUCCAGAUAUUCCACAAAAUAUUAAUAACUCGUCUUGCAAGAUAGACAAGGUUAAAAGUAAUACGAUGUCUGGACAAGUGUUAAGCUAAUCGUGGUAAGCGUAGUCUAGAGUAUGAAAUAAAGCGCUAAUUACACGUACUUAGAGAAUAAGAACGAAGCUCAUUUUUAUUUUGUAUCCGUAGACAAUUUUAAUGUCUAAUACUACCGUUGGUGUAGAUAUUAAAUUCAAUGCCAGUGCAAUCCGAGAAA